GUUAAGUUGACUCAACCCUACAGUGAAUCACAUGUUUUGAGAGUUAGUAAACACUUUGCAUUGAAAUGUGUUUUGUUUGCCAUCAAUGAUACCAUUCAUGGAUAGUAUGUCUUAAGACACCAGUGUUUUAUUCCUCCACAAGUAUUGACACACACACACAAUGUCCGACAGAAUAGCCAUGUCUUCGGGGAUAUCACUGCCACCGCUGCCAUCGAUGCCACCCAUCACUACAGACACCGCGACAUCCAAUGGCCUCUUGAGCUCCAAUCGGAUCCAAUUGGCGCUUAUGAUUGGCACACCUCUCGUGUUGGGAACCGGUCUUUGCGUUUAUUACUAUUACCACAACAGAGAUAACAAGAGGACUAACUCCAAGAAAAUAGCCGAUAAUGAGACCGAUUCUGCAGAUCCGUUCAAGAGAGCCAUGCAUUUGAAGACAUUGGGUAACAAACACUUCAAAGACUUGAAGUACACGGAAGCCAUCGAUUGCUACACGAAAGCCAUCAAUGAGUGCCCGACGGAUAAGAUGGAAGACCUCUCGACUUUCUACCAGAACAGAGCCGCCAGUUAUGAGAUGCUGAAGAAGUAUAGAGAAGUGGUGGACGACUGCGAUAAAGCCAUUCAACUCAACAAUCGUUACGUCAAAGCGUUGGUCCGCAGAGCGAAAGCACUGGAAUCAUUAGGUGACACAACGAGCGCUUUGUUUAACAUAACGGCGGUCUGUAUUCUGGAGCAGUUCCAGAAUCAGACCAAUCUCUUGACUACCGAUCGCCUACUCCGAGAGCAAAGCAAAGUGAAGGCCAAAGCACUGUUUAAGAGCCGAACCCCGCGCCUGCCGUCCGAGCACUUCAUAUCACACUACUUCAUGUCCUAUUCAAACGAUCCGAUUCUCAAGAGUUGUGAUCCGAAAGAUAUUGUCAAUCAUUUGGAAACUCUGCGGCAAAAGCAGACCCAAUCGUACCAAACAUUGCAAGAAUUCCUUCUCCUCAAUGGAACCAUUGAGAUAUUGAAGGGAAACAUCGAAAGCGGCGAAAAGGAGUUGGAAAAAGUGAUUGCGUUAAGCGAUUGCGGCACUGAUGUCAAAGUGAAUGCAUUGAUUAAAUUGGGAACAAUUAAAGUGCAAGAGAUUGGACGCGAAGACAGCUUUAAUACAGCGCUCGAGUGCUUCGACAGAGCAGUGAAAUUGGAUGAGAAAAAUCCAGACAUUUAUCUCCAUAGAGCACAGAUUUAUUUACUGUCGGAACGGGUGGAGGAGGCCUACAAAGACUUAGAGCUUUGCUGUCAAUUGAAUGAUAAGUUUGCGUCGGCUUUCGCUCAGAAACUAUACGUUCAGUUCAGAUGUGGCAUCAGAUAUAAUGACGAGUCAACAGUGAAUAAAGCACUCAAAGGUUUUGAGUCCGCGAUUAAAAGGUUUAACGAAUCGAGUGAACUGUUCUCACUGUACGCUCAGGCACUGAUGGAAAGGGGAGACUUCACUAAAGCCGAGGAAUACUUCACCAAAGCUAUCGAAAAGGAUCCGCUGGACGGCAACCUAUACGUCCACAAAGGCAUCCUAUACUUGAACUCUAGUAAUGAUGUCGACAAAGCCGUCAAAUUAUUAGAGGAGGCCAAGGAUGCGGACCCCAGCUGUCAGUUUGCGUACGAAAUGUUGGGUAGUAUUCAAGUCCAGAAGGGCUUUCUGGCCGACGGUAUCGACCACUUCGACAAAGCGCUGGAUUUGGCGCAAACAGAGCUGGACUGCGCGCACCUGUACUCUCUGAGGGACGCCGCCGAAGCUCAGGAAAAAGCGACCAAAAUGUUGGGAAUAGAGUUACCAACCGUUUAGCUGACAUCGCGUGUAAUGCUCCCAAUCAUUGUAAUCCACUUUAUAUAACGAUUUAAGAUAAUGACCAAAAAGA